AUGGAAUCUAUUACCAAAGUUUCAAUGUCAGUUUGCCCAUUUGUUAGAUCAACUUCAACCCAGGCUUUGCGCCAACUAAGCCAAACUUCUGGUGCAUUGGCUAACCAAGCUCGUCAAUGUCCAAUUGUUGGUAAUGCAAUCAGGGCUAAGGAGAUUUCAAUCAGAUCCUAUUCCUCAGCUACCAAGCCAGUUAGAGCUACUGCUGCUACUGCUUCCACACCGGAGGCUAAUUUUAACGUUUCUCCUUCAUUUGAACUUGGAAGUAAGGAAACCGCAUUUGAUUAUGAUGGGUAUUUAGGAAAUGAAUUGGAAAAGAAAAGAUCUGACAAGUCUUACCGUUACUUCAACAACAUUAAUCGUUUGGCUAAUGAAUUUCCAAAAGCCCAUCGUACUAAAGAAGAGGACAAAGUCACUGUCUGGUGCUCAAAUGAUUAUUUGGGUAUGGGUAAAAAUGAAAACACAUUGAAAGAAAUGAAGCGUGUUUUAGACAAGUACGGUUCUGGUGCAGGAGGUACCAGAAACAUUGCUGGUCAUAAUGCCCACGCUAUCAAGUUAGAAUCUGAAUUGGCAGCAUUGCACAAACAUGAUGCUGCAUUGGUUUUCAGCUCUUGUUUUGUAGCCAACGAUGCCGUCUUAUCAUUAUUGGGACAAAAGAUCAAAGAUUUGGUUAUUUUUUCCGAUGAGUUGAACCACGCUUCAAUGAUUCAAGGUAUUAGAAACUCCCGUGCUAGAAAACAUAUUUUCAAGCACAAUGAUUUAGCUGAUUUGGAAAGCAAAUUAGCUCAAUAUCCAAAAUCUACUCCUAAAUUGAUUGCCUUUGAGUCAGUUUAUUCAAUGUGUGGAUCUAUUGCUCCUAUCGAAGCCAUUUGUGAUUUAGCUGAAAAAUAUGGCGCUUUAACCUUUUUAGAUGAAGUUCAUGCUGUUGGUAUGUAUGGUCCCCACGGUGCUGGUGUUGCUGAGCAUUUGAACUUUGAAGCCCAUUUGAAACUGGGAAUCGAACGCCCAGAAGUCACCACCGUUAUGAGCAGAGUUGACAUGGUUACUGGUACUUUAGGUAAGGCAUAUGGUGUCGUUGGUGGCUAUAUUACUGGUAAGACCAAUUUGAUUGAUUGGUUUAGAUCUUAUGCCCCAGGCUUUAUUUUCACUACUUCUUUACCACCAGCAAUUAUGGCUGGUUGUUCUGCUUCCAUUCGUUAUCAAAGAGCUACUUUGAAAGACCGUAUUUCUCAACAAAAGAACACUAGACUUGUUAAAAGAAAUUUGAACGAAUUGGGUGUCCCAGUUAUUCCAAACCCUUCUCAUAUUGUUCCAGUUUUGGUCGGAAAUGCAGCUGACGCCAAACGUGCUUCAGACUUGUUGUUGAACAAGCACGACAUUUACGUUCAAGCUAUCAACUUCCCUACAGUUCCAAUCGGUGAAGAAAGAUUAAGAAUCACCCCAACCCCAGGUCACGGACCGGAACUUUCCAGACAAUUGGUUGAAGCUAUCGAUUCUGUUUUCACCGAAUUGAAUUUGAACAGAAUCAAUGACUGGAAAAAACUCGGAGGAUUGCUUGGUGUUGGUGUUGAAGGUGCUGCCAAAGUUGACCACAUUUGGACUGACGAACAAUUAGCUUUGACUGAUGCUGAUUUGAACCCAAAUGUCGUUAAUCCAGCCAUUUCUCCUCUUGAUGUUUCAUCAGGUAUUUCUACAUAA